AUGCACUUUGUGAAGCAGUUGGCCGAAAUACCUGUUCCCAAUAGUGUAACUGAAGCACUAGAAGACUCAAAAUGGAAAGAAGCCAUGAAUGACGAAAUGCGAGCUCUCCAGAAGAAUGGCACAUGGGAACUCGUGCCAUUACCUCAUGGAAAGAAGACAGUGGGAUACAGGUGGAUUUAUACUGUGAAACUCAAAGCAUAUAGAUCCAUUGAAAGAUAUAAAGCUAGAUUGGUGGCGAAAGGAUACACACAAAGAUAUGGGAUAGACUACCAACAGACUUUUGCCCCAGUCGCCAAGAUUAAAACUAUUAGAGUUCUUCUGUCUCUAGCAGUAAAUCUCGAUUGGCCAUUACAUCAGUUUGAUGUAAAAAAUGCAUUCUUACAUGGAGACUUGGAAGAAGAAGUAUAUAUGGACUUGCCACCAGGAUGUAACUUAGCUCGCGACAAGGAGAAUCAAGUUUGUAAGCUCAGAAACUCAUUAUAUGGGUUAAAGCAAUCCCCCAGGGCAUGGUUUGACAAAUUCACUGAAUCCAUGAAGAAUUUUGGAUAUAUAUAG